AUGAUUUUGUGUUCUGCUAUACCUAUAGCUCUUGCGAUUUAUACUGCAAUCGGGUCUCAACAACAAAAACAACAAGCUGAAAGAACACGACAGUUUGAUUUGGAACAAUCGAGAGAAUCAAGACAACAAACACUUUAUGACGAAUUCAUAAAUAAUAUUUUCAAAUUGGAUAGUUAUGGUUAUCUUAAGGAGAGAAAAAAUCCAUGGGCAUUUGCAAAUGCAUAUUAUCGUGCUGCUCAUCGUCAAUGGGAUACUAUACGUAAAGCACAUGUUUUACAAUUUCUUAAAGAAAAACAAUUAAUUGGUAGAAAUAAUUGUUCUAAUGGAUGUAGAACAACAAAAUUAGAUGAUAUAAUUCGUUUAAAUGAGUUAAACUUUGAUAAUGUACAUCUAGCAAGUGAAACUGGUGUAUUAAAUAAGUUGAAUUUACAAUGCAUUUCUUUUGAUCAAGUAUCAAUGUCAAAUGCAGUAUUUUCAUUUGCUAGUUUAAAUGGUGUAUCAUUUGAUGGAGGACGAUUGGACAACGUUAAGUUUGAUGGUUCAUCUUUACUUUGUGCUAGUUUUAAUGGUACCAAUCUAACAGGUGCACACUUUUCAAACAGUGAUAUGACAGGAGCUAAAAUAACAGAAGAUCAAAUAAAACACGCAUAUUUUUAUAAUGUAAUUAUGCCAAACGGAAAGAAGAGUGAAAUUACAUCCUCAACGACAACAAAAACCCUAUAG